AGCAUGUUACACUGUCUGGCCCUUGUGUCAGUUUUUAGUGAGAGGGAGGAACAUCAGGCUGGCAUUUAACUCCUCCCUUGUGAUGUUAAGGCUUGAGUGGUAAAGGUACUGACGUCAAGUGGAGGUGGGAGUGCUGAGUGUGGACACUGGGCAGAGAGGAGGAGAAGGGGAAAGACUUGUUUACACAGACUGCAAAGAGCCUGGGGAAUAAUGCGGAAAGGAAGUAAUCCGGAGCUCUUGUCUGACUGAUCCAGCUUCCUGCUCAGCAGGAUCCAGUUACAGCAGCGGAACAUUUCAGACCCGUGUGAGCAUGGAAAAAAGGAGCAGUUUGCAUCGGUGAUCGGAUCGAAGGGGGCAACGGAUCCACAGACAAUAACAAAGGGCUGCAAGUGUCAGGAAUGGAGAGUGCGAUCACACUGUGGCAGUUCCUGCUGCAGUUACUGCUUGAUCAAAAACAUGAGCAUCUGAUCUGCUGGACGUCCAAUGAUGGGGAAUUCAAACUCCUUAAGGCAGAAGAGGUUGCUAAACUCUGGGGACUAAGGAAAAACAAAACCAACAUGAACUAUGAUAAACUGAGCCGAGCCCUUCGAUAUUAUUAUGAUAAGAAUAUUAUUAAGAAGGUGAUUGGACAGAAGUUUGUUUACAAAUUUGUCUCAUUUCCAGACAUUUUAAAAAUGGAUCCUCACUCGCUGGAAUCCAGUCGGGAAAACAUUUUGCUCAGGGAUAGUGACACUCCAUCGAUUUCAGAGAGCAGAGAUCACCAGCAAAUAACAUUAUCUAGUGGCAGAAGUCCCAGUCGCAAUGAUUAUAUCCACUCUGGAUUAUAUACUUCUUUCACCAUUAACUCUUUGCAGAAUAGGUCUGACUUUUUCAAGUCAAUCAAAAUGGAAAAGCCAGAAGAGAAAAUUGCAAGGAAACCUACCUCCGAGGAGGUCAGAACUGUUAUAAGAUUUGUAGCCAAUAAAAGUGAAACACCAGUUACCAUGCCCAUCAGCUCUGUUCCAUCCUCACAUUCUCCAUCCCCAGAAGCUGUGGUCGCGUCAUCUUUCUUCACUGCUCUCACCUCUAAAACAUCGCCUCCUUUAUCAUCACGUCAUUCCCCUGUUGCUUCGUCGUCCUCAAAUACCUCCUCCUCAACGGGGUACCAGAAGGCAUGCAUUAUUGAACUUGAUGCGUUCGAUUCAGAACAGUCUGUUCAGCCCCUAAACCUCUCCUCAGGUUCGAAGGCCAAAUCGCCUUGUCCGGCUGAGCAGAGACAAAGCCAUCUUCCGAAAGCUAAGAAACCCAAAGGCCUGGAGAUUCCAGCUCCUCCUUUAGUCAUAACCAACACUGAUGCCGGCUCAAUCGCUCUCAACAGUCCAGCACUUCCUUCUGGAUCCCUCACUCCUGCCUUCUUCACUGCACAGACACCUAAUGGCAUUCUGUUGACUCCAAGCCCCUUACUCUCCAGUAUUCAUUUCUGGAGUACAUUAAGUCCAGUGGCUCCCUUGAGUCCUGCUAGACUCCAGGGGCCUGGGUCUUUAUUUCAGGUAUGUGUGAAUUGUUAAACAUUACUAUCAGGG